AUGAGGUGGUUGAUGCGCCGAUAUGGAUAUUAUUGGCCAGGAAUGAGAAAACAUUAUAUGAUUUAUGCAAAAGGCUAUAUAGACUGUCAAAAACAUGGGCCAAUGCAGUGGGUCCCAACAAUAGAAAUGCAAUUACUAGUUAAACCAUGGCCUUUCAGAGGUUGGGCUAUGGAUCUAAUCGGCAAGAUUAAUCCUCCUUCAUCAAAGGGUCAUCAUUGGAUUAUUCUCGCUACUGAUUAUUUUACUAAAUGGGUAGAAGCUGAGGAAUAUGUAUCGGUGAUUCAUAAUACCAUUAUACAGUUUUUGGAGCAACAUAUCUUUCAUCGAUUUGGAUUACUGGAAAUAAUUGUUGCCGAUAAUGGUUCUGUUUUUCGAGCGAAUGAAGUGUUACAGCUCGGCAUUGAUAUGAAAGUGAAAAUGGUUACCUCAACACCCUAUUAUGCUCAAGGGAAUGGCCAGGCAGAAGCAUCAAAAAGUUUGUUGCCAAUGGAGUUAAACAUAAAAUCGGCAAGUGUUGCCUUACAACAUAAUCUCAUUCCUGUCGAUUAUAAUGAAGCUAUGCUUGCCGAGUUCGAAGAUUUAGAUGAAGUCCAGAAACUUACUUUGGAUCACCUUAUGAUGCAUAAAGCAAAAGUCAUGAGGGCUUACAAAAAAAAGGGUGAAGUUCAAGUCAUUUGCAGAGGGCGAUAUGGUUUGGCAAACAGUUCUUCCACCUGGAAAGGUGGAUAG